AUGAGGUUGGAAACAUGCUGUAUAAUUUUUCUUUUAAGGACGAUAGCAGGACUACCUGGCGAAGAUGCCUUAAAACCCGACUAUUUACAUCCUAAUGGCAUAGUCUACGAAACCCUGAUAGACUCACCAGAAGGUCCUUGUAUUGUUCGUAACGUUGUAGCUAGAAAUACUAAUGAUGGAGCCUCUGUUCGAUGUAUAAAUGGCAAGCAGCUCAAUAAAGACUAUGAUUUCAUAUUGACAAGCUUGAGAGUGUCUAUUGAGCAGAUCUUUGAGGAUGGAAUCAAAAGUUUUAAGAAGACGAUCGUUGACAAGAGAAAGGAGGUAUUGAAAGAGAAGAACUUCAAAUUUAAACAUGAUGGGUACGAAUAUGAGUUAGAAACAGGGUAUCUUGGCGUAGGCAUUAAAAAUUAUUGGAAAUUAGCAGAAAAUCCCUUCCAUGGCUCUGAGACUAUGCACUAUCCUUCGCACUUCAAGGAUUUUUUAGAAAAAAACAGCUUACUAUUGACCAAAGAGACGCCCGAAAGGUUUUUACGAUGUUUUGGGAGGUUUUUUGACGGGUAUAUGCACAAGUAUAUAAAGUGGAGGGUGAACAACCCAGAGGAUAUUGUGAAUUUUAACAGCGAUGUCAGAAACAGUGUCAAGAGUAAGCUAAUUGACAACAUUUGUUAUAGGUUGAGCAUUGGAGAGCAUGUUGGUAAGCUGUGCAGUGGAAUGGAGAGUCAAAAAGACCAGAAAACUGGCGCAAAAUUAACAUGGGAAAACUGUAUUGACGAGACUCAGAAGCUGAUGGACGAAACAUUGAAGAGUGCAUAUUCGCAUAUAGAUGAUAGUCAAGAUGAGGAAGCUAACUAA